AUGUACGCCCGAAGUAAAACUCCCAGUAUGGGAACGCCGUCCGUGUACUCGAUACACGCUAGUCAUUUGACUAUCCGAUCUUCUAACCUACGGUCAACGCGUUCCAUGAAAUCUUUACGUGUGCCAUGGUACCAACGUCCUAUAUUGAAAGAUGCUUACUUCCUUGAUACACAGAGAGGUGCACUUGUCAUUGCCUUCUAUUCUCUGUUUCUAAGCAUUUUUACAUUGGUGACAUCUGCGUUUGAUACAUAUUGUUUGGCAAUGGCUGCUCCUGGAUCUACACAUUAUGGUUACUAUAUCAUGAGCUAUCAGUUUGUAUAUGUUGGAAGCUCUUGGGUCAGAAAUUUAUUGGUCUUGUUCUCAUUGUUUUCAUUUGUUGUGGCAGCUGUGAUUUUUGUGACAAGUUUGAUUUUAAUAUCUGCAUUACGCAAGGAGCACGAGAAACGGAUUGUGCCUUGGUUAUUUUCGUUUGCUGCAUUUACAGUAUUUCGAUUUAUUGCUUGGUUGUUUUCUUCAAUAGCAAACGAUCCCAUAUUUGGAUAUAAUUUCUCCAUGAUUUUGCUGGGUGCAUUGUUCAGUGUCAUCAAUGUAUACGGUUGGGUACUCGUAUAUUCUUUGUAUUUGGAACUGUUUGAUUUGACUAAGCUUGAAGAUUUAGCACAUUUGAGAAUUGGAACUAUGGCCUCGCUGAAUGCAUCUACAACACAUUCUUUAGCUGGAUCUCGUCCUACUACUCCUCAUAGUACUGUUUCCACCGUUCCAGUAUAA